GAGUUCCAGAAGGAUAUAUCUUAGCAUGCUCUUCAAUUUCAAACUUAACCAACGAGUGGUUGACAGGACCAUGUUGGAUAAGAGAACAAGAAGGUCCAAAUAUAACAUGCAGAUGUUCUCAAAGUUCGAUACUUGCUGUUAUUGCCAGGAAACUCCGUUUUGUGGGAUCGUGGACUGAAGUACAGAAGCUUGGACCUGCUGUAAUGACAGGCUGUGUUGUGUGCUUGCUGGCCGUAAUCCUUACUUUUGGCACAACUCCGUUUUACUUCAGGAACGAACGGCCAGGACUUCCUACAGUAAUAGUUAAUAUCCUGAUAGCAGUCGCUGCCAACCAAAUAAUUAUCUUGUUUGGAAUUACCGCCACGGAUGACGAGGUUGUGUGUUCUUCCGUAGCCCUUCUGCUUCACUACGUCCACCUUGUGGGGAGUUUAUGGCUCAUCUGCUAUGUCGUCCAUAUCUAUAGACAAUUAUGGCAAUUAUCAGAGAGACCAUGGACAAUUCUAGGCUACUGUCUCGUCUCCUGGCUCCUCCCAGCAGGCUUUGUUGUUUCUUCCUACCUCAUUAAUCCGAAAGGAUACGAAACAAACCAAUACUGCUGGCUAACGAUCCAAGGCGGAAUGGGAAUUUCAUUUGUACUUCCAAUGGUGUUUCUGCUUCUGCUGAACACGGUCUUCAUCUUGGCUUCCAUGAAAAGGUUCUUUGCCUUACGUUCAGUGACGCCGAAAAAUGAGAUCGAUAGAAUCCGUUUUUCUCUUCGAACAGGAAUGGUCAUCCUUCCAUAUUUUUUCGUCAAUUGGUUCUUCAGUGUUUUGGCUUUCGAAGACGUCUUCACUACCAUGUUCCAUUACAUUUUUGCCUUAACCAACAGUCUUCAAGGGAUCUUAAUUUUCCUGUUUUUCUGUGCUCUUAAUCCAAAGCUCCAGAGAGCGUGUAGGGAAACGAUCAGGAGGAGAGGUAAAAUUCGCCGAAUGUCGUCCGUUAGGAUGAAGCGGAGUUCCUUCAGCACGAGACAUGAACGAGAGAGCUGUCGGUAUAACGACUCCUACCCGCUUUUGCCCGACUCGUCCAAUGAAAUCCACAGUAUCUUAUAAAUGAGAGAAUACUUCAGAUAUCUAUAUUCUUAAAGUGAAGGAAACUCAAACAUUGAUAUGUAUAUAUAUAUAUGGUUUAUCGAAAAUAGCGUAUCAUUUGAAAGUAGGCUUAGUAGAUCCAUUUCCACGCCUUAAAUAUCCAAGUUUCAGACAUUACUGAUAAUUUACACCUGUAAGAGUUGUAUUUCACAUUUAUGUUUGUAAAUCUGUUUCAGAUUGUAUGAAAUCCUUUUUCUCCAGUCCAAAAAAUGUGAUACUUCUGUUAUUGUUAUUUAUGUUUUGACGCGUGUAUCAUAUAUUCACUAAUACAAUACGUUGGUAAAUCUAACUUAUUACACACUGAGUAGAGACUUGAUAAAAAGUGUCAGUAUUUUUAAGUAAUUUUCUGAGUGCAGUAUUGUUCUCUAAGGAUAGAUAUGGUGUACAUAAUACGUAAAACUAAUCUUUCAUAGAGAGCAAAUGUCAUGUUAUCUUUUAUUGAAGUGGAUUAAAAAGUAUACCAUAGUUUA